GGAGUAAUGGGCACGCCAAACUUGAAUAGAAAAAGAUUUAAGAGUUUCUUCAACCCAAACGCAACAAACCCUGCCGUUUCGUCUUUCUAAUACACGUUCUUACGCGAUCAAAAAGGAAAAGAACAUUUUAUGGGUGCCGCGCAAGUGCAAAACGGCGUCGUCGCCCCUUCCUCCGCUUCGAACCAAGCAACAGCCACUGCAACAACAACAGCAACACACGCCGUCGCCGCUUCUUCCCCUGCUUUGAACCAAGCAACAGCACCUGCAACAACAACAGCGGCAACAGAAACAGCGUGUGAAGUGUCGAAGGCGCCGAAGAAGAAGAAAAUCUGUUGUGCUUGUCCUGACACGAAGAGGAUUCGGGAUGAGUGCAUAGUGGAGCACGGAGAAGACGCUUGUGCGAAGUGGAUCGAAGCUCAUCGACUUUGCCUCCGUGCCGAGGGAUUCAAUGUUUGAGAAGAACUACAGGAUCAUGAUAAGUCAGGUUUUUUGUUGUUGAAAUUAGAGAAUAGGUCAAAAUAAAAUUUCAAGGGAUUUAGGGUUUAUCAUAUUUUGCUUAAAAUUCUUAUGGUUUUUAUGAUUCAUAUACGGCCUGUAUGCAGGAAAUUGUGAUUUUUAGACCUAAUACACCAUAUUGUAUCAAAAUUCAAAAUGUUGGUCCAUUUGAUUUGAUUUAACCACUGAUAUUCAUCCUUCUUUAUUUACCAGUAAGUUUUAUAAUCAUAGAUUAUUCGAACAAUUAAACUCUAUUGAAGUUUAAUUUUAAUUCAAACCGAAAUAAUGAAUAGUUGUUUCAACCUGGGUCUUGGUUAUUUGGAUCCACUCUACAAACAUGUGUGAAUUGUAUGGGUCUUUAUAUGAAUGGAACGAUAUGAAUAUGAAGGAAUUAUGAAGGAAUUAUCAGGUAACUCAGCCAGUAAUAAAUUGGUCUUUUCUCUCAGUAUGUUAAUGGCUUCAAAUUAAGUGUUUCUAAUUUCAUCCUCCCAGCCCUGUUACAUAAUGCAAGCAGUUACAGGUCUGUCAAUUUGAAAUCAGAUUAAAUGGUGUGUUUGGAACUGUGUUUAUAGUGUCAUUCUCGUGUCACAAGUUGUAUCUUCUGGUAGAUGUAAGGUGAUGUAUAACAUAUAUUCCACCCUCAAUUAUCACACGCUCUAAAACGGUAUUAACCGUUCAUCCGAGACCAGAAAGUUGAAACUGAAAACUGCAUGGGUGCAUAUACAUGCCGAAUCCAAAUUGGCCCCUAAGAGCUGUUUUAAAAUUAGUGUGGAAGAUCUUUUGUUUAGGAUCAACUAGCAUUGCUUGUGGAGAUCUCAUUAGAAACUGAUAUGGAUCCUCUGCAGUGGUUAAAUGGUUUUGCUCAAAUCACAACCAUUCAUUUUAGGGUUUAAUGAUAAAUUGAUACUUAGUAAUUAGUAAUCGUGUUUGGGUAACAACUAGAAUCAGUUUGGUAAUCAAAUAGUUGCCAUUAUUGUGAUGCACGUUGAAAAAAAUAUUAGAUUAAUAACUUUAAAGAUUUAGUAUUUUUUUAAACAUUAAAAAUAUUUAUGUCAGAAUUUAAUAAUUAACUAAUAGAUUUUUAUUACUAGAGGUUGUGCAUCUUCUAGUUUUCCCCUGUAGGCUUAAGAUUUGUACUCAGGCUUGUUACCACAUAACUUCUUUAAUCAGGAUCUUCACCGGUGAAUCUAUUCUAAUAUUGUAUGUGUUCGUAGAAUGGAUGGGGAUAUUAUAUGGGUAAUGUAACCUGGUUAUGUCAUAUCUACAAUUUGGUUUGAAAGGAAUCGUGUGGUUUUUAAUAAUGGUAAUCACGCAAAAAAUUUAUUGGGAAGAUAGCUAAGACAAAUGUUGUGGAAUCGAUGCAAGCAGAGGAUUGUGACUCGGUUAGUUUCAUGACAUGGGUCAAUCUCAUACAGCAGGUCAAGUGCAAUAUCGAAGAGUCGAUGCUAGAGCAGGGUUGUUGGAUUACGGUGCUAGUGUGUUUAGUGGCUAGAUAAGUCAAAGUCACCUUUAAUGCCGUCCCAACACAGACAAAAUUCAAGCAGACUUAAAACUAAGGCUGUCUUAGCACAUAAGUUUUGAAUAUAACUCACUGUCACUAAAUUAAUACAUAUCGGAAAUGAUAUUAGAUUAAGACUUAGAAACUAAAAUGAUCCAAAGCUCACAUUGUUGUUAUGCCAAUACCUAUAUAACAAAACUACUCAUACUGAAUUGAUGUGUUGGUUGUUGCCGAAAUGAAUCUAAAACCAUAUCACAAAACACCUAUGUCACACUAAUAUUAAGAUCAUGAAUAGUUUUUAUUGCAGAGUUAAAAGGUUAAUUAUGAGUCUUGAAGUUGGUUGGAGCAAAGGAUUUUAUAAGGUCCUUAUUCAUUGGGAUUCUCACUAAGUUGUUCAACUUGCAACAUUUGAGUUGUAAUUUUGUUUUGAAAUUGUUUUACAAACUAUUUGUUAGAGGUUUGUUAGUGGUU